AACAAAGGAAACAUAUCAAAAAUCAAUAUUUAGAAGAGUAAAAAUUACCAAAAUGAAAGGUGUGAUCGAAAAUCAAUUUUCAAAUUCAAAAUCUGUAUGAAUUAAUUCCUAAACCACUGUUCGUUGUAAUAAAAUUAGGUUACUCGUCUGAAACAUGCAUUCGAUAAAAGUAGGUAUGCCAAAUUUUCAUGAGUAACAUAAAGAAUACUUGAGCUUUAUAAUAUCUCAUCCAAAUUUCGAAUCAAAUUUUACAUCCAGUAGAUAUCCAAAACACAAACAAUAAAAUAAAAACCCAUCGUUAUUCCGCCGAAGUUGUAAUAAAAAACUAAAAAGCAAGAAUAAAACCGGGAACCUGCUCCUACAAACAUCAAAUCGCUGCAACCAAACUAACACGCCAGUAUUUUUUUCACUUAAUUAUUUGAUGCGUAGGUAUCUGGUCUACUCUUAAAAAAAAAAUAAUAAAAAUAACUUCAAAUCACUUUGAUCUACUUCUAUACGUAAAAACUUAUUAAAACCUAAUCAUCGUUUCCAUCACAUCUACACCGUCAUGUCACCACAAAUAAAUAACCAACUUGAAAAAAACACACUUACCUAGGAAACUGCAUCACCUCGACUCAUCGCAAAAUCCUCCAUCCAACUAUUCCGGAUCAUUUGCAAAGAACCAGGAACCAACUGUACUAUGUUUCUGCCUAGGCACACCUACAAAUUACACUAGACUGAGCGUAAAUGAAUCAUAAAAACGGCGUGUUUAUCGACGAAAUUAAUGAAACGUAGCAGAAAAUGGAAAGCGUGAAAAGCAAUUUUCGCAUUUAAUUGUAACUGCUAAACUAAAAACGAUUGAUGAGGUUGAAUUUGCCUACGAUAAUAAUACUCUAUACCAAUGAACCCGCCACAAAGUCGUAUCAAUUCGAAUCGAAGGUUACAAGAAUACCAUAUAAACAUUCCUAACCUGAUUAUUUCAUUCAAUAGUUGAGCAUUUUUUUACACGACUAAACUUCUCGAUCUAUUUUAUUAGCGCGAAUUUGUCAUAUUUCAUUCGUAUUACCUACUCGUACAAGUGUAAAAUAUAAAUACCAUAAAAAAAUGAAUCAAUUCGUGUCGUUUGUCGCGUUAUUUUUAUCUUUAGUUUCGCAAAUUUUAUGCACCAGUACUACUACGCCGGCCAAUUCCAGCGAAGAAAAUUCCAAACAGGUGGAUCAACAGACUAAUGAGAUGAUUAGGAAUGAAAAAAUCAGAGAUGUUUAUAUCAAAUGUUUACUCGAUAAAGGACCCUGUAACGGAGAAGCUGCUGAUGUAAAAAAACUAUUACCCGAAGCUGUACAAAAAGGCUGCGAAAAAUGCUCCGAAAUGCAUAAAAAGAUCAUCGAAAAAAUGAUGAUCUUCUUAAAAGAACGUCAGCCCGAAAUCCUGCAACAAGUUACCGCAAAAUUCGACCCGAAAGGAGAAUUCAUGAAAACUUUCCUCAACAAACUGCAACAACAACAUCAACACUCGAACGAAAGCGGUCAACAAUACGGUCAAAAUGCACCGGUCAUCCAACAAGGUCAACAUGUGCCGACCCAGCAACAGAAACCACAAUAAAAUAAAAACAACAAGAUUGCAUACUACGAGUAUAUUUUUUAGGGCAUUGUGAUUAUUUACUUCAUUAUUCUAUUUUCAGUUCACUGGCGUAAUUUUUUGCAAUUUUUUUCCAGCUGUUUCGCUAUAAACGAGUAUAAUUUUACGGUUAUUUUAAACUUUGCCCAAUUUUUGCACUAAUUUAUAAAUAUAAUGAAGGUGUGAUUUAUUUAAUUAAUUAUUAUUGUAAAUACCUGUACUUACGAAAUGGCAAUAAAAAGUU